GCGAAGAGAGUGAGGAGUCAGACGAUACGGAGAGGAGGAGGAGGAAGAAGCGGCGUGGGAAGAAGGAAUCACGGAGCAAGCGGCGCAAGACAAGCCAUCUCAGCAGCAGCGAGAGCAAUGGGAGCAGCAGUGAGGGUGACUACUCUGGGCGUGACAAAAGUGAGAGGCGGCACAAGAGCAAGCGACGACAUGGUGAGAAGAGGGAGCACAAGAAGCGAAGGAACUGACAUCAGGGGCUAUGUCUGGCGUGGAUUCACGCCUAAGGGGGACCAGCAGUCAGGGCGUCUCAACCUCAUGCGGAAGGGCGUAUGGUAUUUUGGGAUGGUAGUGACAAUCAUUAGUGCAAAGUUUUUGCUGUAGAAUAUAUUGUGUAGUGCUCG